AUGCGCAACAUCAACCUGAUUGUCCAGAAGCAGCCCAACAUGCUUCAGACCGAUGUGAGAUAUUUCGUCUGCAAGUACAACGAUCCCCUCUAUGUGAAGCUGGAGAAGAUAGCAGUCAUGGUCCAGUUGGCUUCUGAGAGGAACAUCGACCAAGUUCUUUCGGAGUUCCGAGAAUAUGCGUCGGAGGUGGAUAUCACCGUGGUGCGGCAUUCAGUGCGAGCCAUUGGGCAGGCAGCCAUCAAGAUUGACCGCGCAGCGGAGCGCUGUGUGGACUGCUUGCUGGAGCUGAUCAAGACCAAGGUGAACUAUGUGGUGCAGGAGGCCAUCGUGGUCAUCCGCGACAUCUUCCGGAAGUAUCCCGGAAAGUAUGAGAUCAUCAUUUCCGAUCUCUGCGAAAACUUGGACAGUCUGGAUGAACCUGACGCCAAAGCUGCCAUGAUUUGGAUCGUGGGUGAGUAUGCCGAAAGGAUCGACAACAGCGGUGAGCUGCUCGAGUCCUUUCUGGAAUCCUUCCAUGAGGAGCCUGCUUCAGUGCAACACCAGAUCCUCACCGCCACAGUGAAGAUGUUCCUGAAAGUCCCGCAGUCGUCCAAGCAACUGGUGGGCCGUGUGCUGAAGCUCUGCACGGAUGAGAGCACCAACCCAGAUUUGCGAGACAGGGGCUAUAUGUAUUGGAGGAUGCUCAGCAAGUCUCCAGAGGUGGCGAAGCAGGUGGUCCUCAGCGAAAGGCCCACCAUCAGCGAGAAUCCCUUCGCCUUGCAACCCCGUGUCUUGGACCGGCUGGUGGCGAACAUCUCGACCUUGGCCUCGGUCUACCAUCAGGUGCCAGAAGCGUUCUGCGACAAUAAUCGUCGCGGAGGAACUAUGGAGCAAGAAGAUGACAUGGAGGACUAUGCUGAGACGUUGGCGCAGGUGCAGGAGGAGAUUCAGCAAACAGCUGGGAAGAAGUACGAGGAAGAGUCUGGUGAUGAGGAGAGUGAGGACACUGCCAGCUCUUCUGCCUCCGAAAACGAUGGAGCGGGAGGAGGCCGUCCCAGCGGUGCUGCUGCGGGCGGUGGUGCUGCCCCACCGCCCCUGCGGCCCCUGGCGCAAGUGCUGUCCGAGCAGACGCGAGGGCAGCAGGGGCAAACUGGGCUCAGAGUCGCCGCAGCCGUGGUGCGCGGCAACGGUGGUGCCGUGGGCAUGCAACUCAUGGUCGGGAACUUCUCGCAGCAACCCAUGAGUGGUUGGGCCGUGCAGAUGAACAAGAACCCCUUCGGCUUGGCACCUUCUGGACCUUUGCAGCUGAACGUGGUACCUCCCAAUGGAACCGGUAAAGUCUUGCUGCCCCUGACGCCCAACCAGCUGUCGUCAGGUUCAGCUCCAAGCAAUCCGCUUUACUUGGAGGUGGCCAUAAAGACCAACGUCGAUGUCUUCUAUCUCAAUGUGGGCUACGACCUGUCUGCCGUGCUGGUGGACGAUGGUCCCAUGCCCAAGGAUGCCUUCCAACGUCUUUGGCAGAGCGCGCCCGCCGACAAGAAGGCCGUGUGUCAAGGAGCCUUUAGUCAAAAGGUGACGGCAGAUAUGGUUUCCACCAGGAUGCAACAAUACUAUUGCUUCCUGGUUGCUCGGACCCAGGCGCAAGACAUGGAUCAAUUGUAUUUCAGUUGUGCCACCAGCAACAAGCUGAACGUUUACUGCGAGCUGAGUCUGCAGAGAAAUGGUCCGGGGGUGCGCUUGAUUUGCUGCUCUGAGCAGCAAGUCAUGGUGCCUCUCUUCCAGAGCUUUGUCUCGGAACUGCUGCAGGCCCCGUGGUUGACCAAAAUGCCGCCCGCAUCGCCAUAUGCCGCGAGAAAAUGGUUUGAGAUGGUUACGCUGCUUGAAGAAGUGAAAUUGGUGGGAGAUCGGCUGCACUACAAGCGAAUCACAGGUACAGGUCCCGAGGAAGGCUGGGUGAGCACGAAGAUCAGUGGAAAGGAGUUGGUGGUCAAGAAGGAGGUGGACGACACCCCUGCGGAAGACGUGGGUGGCCCAGGCGAAUCUGGCCCGGUGGAGCUGGACGAGGCCUUGAAAGCCAAGAUCCAGGACAUCGCCAAGGCGAAGAAGGAGGACUUUUUGCUGUACUGCAUGAAGUACAAGGUCUUGGGUUUUCCCUUGGACAAACCCAAGCUGCGAAUCCUGUGCUUCCACAACGCUGGCAGUGCAGAGUCAAUCUACACCGGGCCAAAGACCCCAUUCCUCGACUGGGUCAAGGAAUCCAAGCAGGUGGAGGUCCUGGCCUUCGAUUAUCCUGGGCGUGAUAAGCUGAUGAAGGCGGCCAAGCACACCAGCACUGACACCUUGGCUCCCGAGCUGCUGGGUGUGGCGUAUGAGAAACUGACGGACGGCGUUCCUUACAUGGUCUGGGGACAUUCCGUCGGCACUUGGGUAGGCUUCGAGUUCUUGAUGCUCUGCCGGAAGAUUGGCAUCCCAAUGCCUUUGGCGGCCUUCUUUGUCACAUUCCCCGCGCCUCAUUGGCCCGAGACGAAACGUCCAUGGAGACGGUGUGCCAAACUCAGCGAUGCGGAGAUGAAGAAGGAAGUUUUGGGUUGGGAUGCAGUUCAUUUUGGAGGGGCAGGAAAGGUGGUCUUUGAAGAGCCAACUUGGAAGGAGACCUGGGAACCCAUGAUGCGUGCGGACUUCAAGUUGUUCGAUGAGUACAAGUUCAAGCAUGCUGGAGCGCCGAAGUUUGAUUUCCCGCUGCACUGCUGGUGGUGCGAAAGCGAGCAAAAUGUCAAGAGUGAGAUGGUGCAGGCCUGGAAGGAUUGGACCUCUGCAGAUUUUGACUAUCAGGUCCUGAAGGACAAUGGUCACCUUACAGCUUUCUACAAUCCGGGGAUGAAGAAGGAAUACUUUACCAAGGUCACGGAGAAGAUGAAGAAGUACUCGGGUUUGUAGUUCAUCUUCUGUGUCCCGUGGUUCCAAGCGACUCAACUACUCC